AUGAAGGAAAAAAUAAAUAUUCUUGGGGAUUUUGUACAUCGUUCUUGGCUAACUUUGGAUAGAGACUUGAUCGGUCUUCGCCUUCUGGUUAAAUUACGUUGGGAUAUGAGACGUCGAAUGCGUGAAAAUCGGGGACUUCAUAAAAUAUUUUUGGAUGUUGUUCGUGCUAAUCCAAAUAAAAUUUGUAUUGUUGAUAUUGGCUCAAAUCGUUCUUACACAUUCUCUCAAUUAAAUUCUUUAUCUAAUCGUUUCGCUAAUCAUUUCCGAAAUAAUGGAUUUAAACGAGGCGAUGUUGUUGCUUUAUUUAUGGAGAAUGGGGCAGAAUUUGUAGCUGCUUGGAUUGGGUUAAUGAAAAUUGGGGUAAUUACAGGUAUUAGGAAUUUCUUGAUUUUUUGA